AUGAUGGUGUUGAGUACAUCAUUCGACCAGAAAAGCCUUUUCGAUGAAUCAGCAGAAGAAAGGUUUGCUUCCAAGUUAUCAAUGGGAAGAAACACAUACACGAAGAAAACACUUCCGGCAAUAAUAGGGUGGACUUUUCGUUUGAAAGCAUUGGCAGUGAUGGUGUUGCUCACGGUGACGUUGCUUUUUCUUCCGUUGGUAUUGCCACCACUACCGCCGCCUCCGCCGUUGCUGCUCUUCGUCCCAGUGUUGAUCAUGUCUGUACUUCUUAUCGUGGCUUGUGCUCCGUCCAAAUUCCCACCGGACACCGUCGUACAGUCUGUUUGA